AUGCUUGAAAGGAAAGCAAACGAAACCCGCCAAGGUUUCGUUACAAACUUCCCAAAGUGUAAAACCAAUCAUAUUUGGCAACGCUUUUCCAGCCGCGUGGACGGCCAUUAUCAGUGCAAGGGCUGCACCACCCAUUGCACCACCCAUUGCACCACUUACUGCAGUGCUUACUGCAGUACUCAUCACACUGCCCGCCCAGUACUCACGACAGUACCUAUUGCAACACCUGUUGCAUUAUUAUCACUGUCAUCUGACGAUGACAGUGCUAUGGAUGUUUGUGAGGAUGAAGGAUAUAUCCAGGAGGGCUCCGAAUCCAUGGAUAUCUGCGAGGAUGACUAUUGCGAUACCGUGGAUAUCUGUGAGGAUGACUCUAUCCAGGAGAGCUCCGAUAACAUGGAGAUUAGUGAUGAAGAGAUUAGUGAGGAGAACGAUAAUGAGGAGGAGGAGAAUAGUGGGGAGAGGAAGAGUGAGGAGAGUGAGGAUAGCAAGGAGAAUGGUGAGGAUGAAGAUGACGAUAACAGUGAAGAUGGGGAGACAAGUGAGGACGGGGACUGCUGUGAAGAGACGGAUUAG